UAAAAGAGGGUAUUUUGUCAUUGCAGGAAAAAAGUUCUAGACUUCCUCUUCUGUCAUCUACCACAGAAGAACAGAGACACGCUGAGAACUGCCAGAUUUCCAGGCAUCCUGAAAACAUUAAGAUGCAUGUGGGCCAUGAGGAACCAGCAGGCCAUGAUUUAAGUUUCAAGAUACGUUCCCAUCAGAUUCUUCAGACAAAAGCUCAACGACUGGAAAUAGAUCUGAAGAGAGCGAGGGAGCAGAGUUAUAUAAAGACAAUGGAAAUUUCAAAACUCUUGACAGAAAAAGAGGCACUUGAAUUAAAAAUUCAGGAGCUCAUAAAUGAAAAUCUCCAAUUGACCAGAGAAAAAGAGGAACUCUGCACAGAGUAUGAAGAAAAGCUGAGCAGAAAAAAUAGUUCAGAUGAGUCUAUAAAAUUAGACAAACUCAGACAAGAGAAUCAGAGUCUCAGCUGCAAGGUUCUGAAAUACGCUGGAGAAAAAACAGAGCUCCUAAGAGAAAAUAAUGACCUUAAAGAUGAACUUUAUAGAAAGAUAACAGUGAUGUCAAAACUAUUAUCAGAAAAAGAAGAGCUCCGAAUCAAGGCUGAGAUGCUCGUGUUCAAAAAUCUUGAACUAACUGAUGAGAAAGAGUUGCUCUGCAGAGCGUAUGAGGAAAGACUGUGCAGAGAGAAGCAACUGAGGAAGGGCUGCUGCACAUUAUUGAUGGACAAAGACCAGAUGGUAUCACCCAAUAGUAGAGAGUACAAAAGAGGCUUUGUGAAUGCCUGCCAAACAAGUGCAGUCAUUAUAGAAGACAACUCAGAAGCUCUUGAAAAAAUGAAGCCUCAAGUGGUGGAAUAUCAACUAAAGGAGCAAUGGCUUAAAGCUUCAGUAGAUAGCCUCAAAAUCAAAAAAUCCAAGGGAGCCAGGCAAAAUAUACUGAGAUGGCUUCAGCAAACUCUGGAAAACCUGAAAGAAGAUUCUGCUAAACUGUCAAGAGACACCUUAGCAGAAUGGCUAAAAGCAUCCCUAAUCAACCUUCAAGAGGGAUGUGAAUGGUUGGUUGAAAGGGAGGAUGUGAAUGGUUGGUUGAAAGUAUCCAUAAGUCACCUCCAAGAAGAAGGACCAGACACAUGUGAUUUAGAAGUGCAGGAAUGGAUUGAAGCAUCAAUUAUAGGCAUUCAACAUCUACAAAAGUUUGAGUCAGAGUCUCGAGGAAGACUAAGAAAGGGAUGGUUUGAAAAAUCAAUAGAAAACCUCAAGAACCAAUGUCCUGAAGGAUUUGUGAAUAUAUUAGAAUGGCUUCAAGGGUCCUUAGAAAGCCUCUUGGUUUCAGAAAAACCUAGACCAGUUCUUGAAAAAUGGUUUCAACAAUCCUUGAAAAACCUGCAAGAGGAAGGUCCUGGAACAUCUAAACAAGAUGCCAAAAAAUGGCUUGAAAUAUCUAUAAAGAAUCUUGAGGAGGAAGGACCUAAAACACCACAUCUAGAUAUUCAGGAAUGGCUUGAAGCUUCUAUUAAAGCCAUUCAGGGUCUACAGAAAUCUAAGAUCAAGAGGAUUUUCUAUGAGAUCCAGCAUCCUCCCUCCAUCUCCUUAUUGAAUGAUAAGGACACCGUAAAUAGCUGGUUCUUCCACUAA